CAACCAAUCAACCAAUCAACCAGGCUUCGACGCAAGUAUACAAACAAUCAGUUCUAAAGUUCUAUCUCCCUUCUUUGAUCAUUCUACCCCUCUUCUCAAUCCCAGUCUCCAUCUCAGAACUACCCAUCUCAACAUUUCUAACCCUAUUAUCACAUACACUCCCACCAUGAGCUCCAGAGAAACAGUCCUUAUCACAGGCUGCAGCGAUGGCGGAAUUGGCUCCGAAUUAGCCAUCGUUUUCCAAGAGUGCGGGUUUCACGUUUUUGCUACAGCUCGCAACCCUUCCAAGAUGUCUAAGCUUAGGGACCUGCCUAACGUGACGCUGUUGACACUUGAUGUUGUCAAGCCAACUGAUACCAAGGCUGCCGUCGAAGCAGUCUCAAAGGAGACGGGCGGUUCUUUGAACUACUUCAUUAGUAAUGCUGGACGUAACCAUUUCAUGCCCAUCCUAGACGAGGACCUAGACACAGUCAGGAACAUCUUCGAGAUCAACCUCGUGGCUCCAAUUUCUCUUACUCAAGCCUUCGCCCCCUUGCUUAUCAAGGCUAAGGGUAUGGCUGUGUAUAUUACCUCCAUCUCUGGAUACCUGAACAUCCCAUACAUGGGAACUUAUUCGGCAUCCAAGAGGUCCCUGGAAAUCGUAGCUGAAACCCUACGACUUGAACUGGCCCCCUUCGGUGUUGACGUCCUGGAGAUCGUUACGGGCGCUGUCAAAACAUUGGGCCAGACAUACUUUGGCGAUUUCCAGCUUCCGGCGGAGUCACUGUAUAAAAGCAUUGAAGAUACAAUUGCCAGUAGGGCUCAGGGUAAAGAUGGGAUGCCGAGAAUGGAAACGAGGGAGUAUGCUACUGCUGUUGUGGGCGAGAUUAAAAAACGCGCGACGGGUAAAUUCUGGUAUGGUUGUAACGUCGAUAUGGUGAAGAUUAGCACAACAGCAACGGGGGUACCGCAAUGUGCUAUGGACGCUGGAGCCGUCAUGGGAACCGGACUUGAUACGCUAGGGAAGUAAAGUAAUCACCUAACAAAGGGUAGUAUCCUAUACUAGGAUGGUACGUUAUAUGGUCCGGUAAUAGAUUGCGGACGGCAUGUUAUCGUCUUUCCAAAGACCUAUAGAACUAUUAUCCCAGAGUUAACCGCCGGACUCGUACAACUUCGGUUCGCCUUCUUCAAGCUCUUUCGCCCCCGCAUGGGGAAGUAAUAGUGCUGAGUAAUGGCUGGUUGAGUAAAUCAGAGAAAUCCACCCCCCUAGAUAGGUGUUGUAGGUGGUAUGCCACGGAACUUGCUAUUGAUAAAAGGAAAUAACCUGG